UAGUGUGUGUUAAAGUUGGAAAGCAUAGAGGGUGGUAGAUUGGAUAAAUGUGUAGGGCUAGGACUUCCACUUGGCAACAUAGGCUCCAGUCAGUGAGUCUUUUACUACUCCCCACAUGACGAUCAUAAAUUCUGGAAAGUGAAUAAUCAUGCAAUGUAUUAAUGUUGGCUUUUAAUAGGAAUAAGUACAAUAAUCUGUCGUCAUCAAUUCCGUGAAAGCAAAGCUACUACUAAUACUAAUAAUAACUUGUCCCUCAUCAAUUCCCCUGUCUUCUCCACAAACAGAAAACGAAAUGUGGCUUUUUAGGAGAAAAGGUGCAUCUGGAUUUUCAUCUUCUUCCACUGCUGAGGAAGUUACUCAUGGAAUUGACGGUUCUGGUCUUACUGCCAUUGUUACAGGAGCGUCAAGUGGUAUUGGUUCUGAAACUAGCCGUGUUCUUGCUUUGCGUGGAGUUCAUGUCAUCAUGGCUGUCCGGAAUAUGACUGCUGGAAAAGAUGUUAGAGAUGCAAUAGUUAAGGAAAUCCCUGCUGCUAAAGUUGAUACCAUGGAGUUAGAUCUUAGCUCAUUGGCAUCAGUGAAGAAAUUUGCUUCCGAAUUUAAAUCAUCAGGUCGCCCAUUGAACCUUUUAAUUAAUAAUGCAGGAAUCAUGGCAACUCCCUUUAUGCUCUCAAAAGACAACAUAGAGCUGCAAUUUGCCACAAAUCAUUUAGGUCAUUUUCUUUUAACAAAUUUGUUGUUGGAUAAGAUGAAGGAGACAGCACGUAAGACAAAGAGUGAGGGAAGGAUUGUGAAUGUUUCAUCUGAGGGUCAUCGAUUUGCAUAUAGCGAAGGAAUUCGGUUUGACAGAAUUAAUGACCCCAAAAGCUACGGCAGCUACGGUGCAUAUGGUCAAUCAAAGCUGGCCAACAUACUGCACGCGAAUGAGCUUACAAGACGCUUAAAGGAAGAUGGAGUAGAUAUAACUGCAAAUUCACUUCAUCCUGGAACGAUCACAACCAAUCUUUUCCGUCAUAUGGGUAUUUUUAAUGGUUUUGUAGGCAGUCUUGGGAAACUUAUGCUUAAAAAUGUUCCACAGGGAGCAUCAACCACCUGUUAUGUUGCAUUGAAUCCACAAGUGAAGGGGGUAAGUGGUGAAUAUUUCUCGGACAACAAUUUGGCAACGCCGUCAGCGAUGGCUAAAGAUAUGGAUUUAGCCAAGAGGCUCUGGGAUUUUAGUAUGGAUCUGGUCAAGUAAUAUGUUGUAACAGGAAAAUAGAAAAGUCUAAAACUUUGUAUAUGGUUGUUUGUGAUAUUGCAUAAAAGAUAGAUAAAAGUGAUGUGUUCUGAAUAUUAUCAAAUCUUCAGCUUGAUUUUUUCUUGGGAGUAA